AUGGAAUGCAUGAGGAACAAGUUCACUGGUGGCCUCCUCCUUGAUGGAGGUCGCUACCAGACCAUCUCACCACUCAACCACGGCUCAUUCGGCAUGGUCUUUAUGGCUCAGGAUCUCGUUUCCAACCAGGUCGUGGCCAUCAAGUGUCUCACCAAGAGGUCAGCGCCUUGUGAGGUCAACCCCGAGUUUGCAGUUGACGAACGAUCCGAGGAGUAUGCUCUGCAUAACGGCCUGGGAUCGCACCCCAACAUUGUCAACCUGCUGGAUACCUUUGAGACCGAGGCCCAUGUCUACUUGGUCAUGGAGUUCUGCGGCCAGGGUGACCUCUACGAGGCUAUCCGCAACGGCCACGGUCCUCUGGAGACUGAGCACGUUCGCCAGUUCAUGCUCGAGCUGGUCGACGCUGUUGCCUACAUCCACUCCAAAGGUGUCUAUCAUCGCGAUAUCAAGCCAGAAAACAUCUUCCUCACUCAAGAUGGCGCGAUGAAGCUCGGCGACUUUGGCCUUGCCACUACCGACAAGUGGUCUUACGAGACUACUGUCGGCAGCGACAGGUACAUGGCCCCUGAGCAAUUCGACUCUGCCGGUGCUGGAUAUUCGCCCGCCGAGGCUGAUAUCUGGGCCAUUGGCAUUUGUCUCCUCAACAUUCUCUUCUCUCGCAAUCCGUUCACCACCCCCACAGAGUCUGACCCUCUGUUCCUCGACUUCUCUCGUGACAAGCAGAGUCUCUUUGAUGUCUUCCCCAGCAUGUCCCAGGACACGUAUGAGGUCAUCGUGCAGUGCAUGAACUUGGAUCCCAAGAAGCGUUCCCUCGAGGGCGCCCGCGAUGCCCUCCUUCGCGCUGUGAGCUUUACGACGGAGGAUGAGUCUCUCGAUGACUUUUGCGGUGCCGAGAACCCUACCGUGGCAUCUGCUCAUCGUGAGCCUCUCCGCACCCCGUCUAUCCAAACCCCACAGAUCGAUGGAGGCGCAUUCCCCUGGACCAAGGCGCUCAACGAGACUCCUGCUGCCCAUCGUCGUCAACUUAGCAUCAUUCCCGACGAUGAGAGCUACAGCGAGGAUCUCUUCUCCAAGUCUGGAGAGACGACCGACUGGUACUCUACUGGAGUCCAGACCCCGUCUUCCUCUAUGCUGGACUCGCGCAUCAUUGAAGCUCGUCUGCGGGCCUUCAACAUCUCUCGCCCGCCCGUGCCCAAGGCCGUCGCCAAGGUUUCUCCCGCCGCUGGAUCCCUGCCCAUCGCUAUGGGCAAGCCGUUCCCUUCUAUGGCCGCCGUCUUUGGCCGCCAGAAGGAUACGGUUUCCAAGAGCUGGAGCGACAUGUGGGACGAGGAUGAGGAAGAGGAGCAGGAGCAGCAGAGGGUCAGCGCUCUCCAGGAGCUCAACUCGCGCACUUGGAGCCACGAGAGCACCAACGACAACACCUCUGUGCCAAAGACUGAGCCCAUCCCCGUGGCUCACGUCAUCAAGGGUGAUGUGGACGAUGAUUUGGUUGCGGAUGGUUUCUUUUUUCACGAGGCCUCUCCACCCACCAAGCACGCCUUUACUAUCACACCGCGCUACUCGCCCCCGUCAAAGCGUGGCAACGUCGACAAGUGGGCAGCGCUUGGUGAGCGUCGCAGGGGCCAGAACAUUCAGGCGGAGCCCGAAAAGUCUCCCGGUUGGAAGCAGCGUCGUCAUUUUGGGUUUGGAUACAGUAACAACGGAUACAAUAACAACAAAUAUUAUGAAGCGGGCGUUUGGGAUCAUCAUUUUUCUACUUCUCACAAUAACAAUAUUUUACACAAUCAACACAACAGUUACGGCAAGGGGUGGAGCAAGGAUCGCCUCAAGGAGAAUUCGUGGACCAAGGCGAAAGAUUGGAACUGGCGCAAGGACAGGCGCACCGAUCUUGGAGACGUUGAGUGGGUUGGUGGUUGGUAA